AUGGACGCCCUCGGUACCUCGCCCGCUGACUCCACCGCGUCCAUCGAGAUCAACGACGCUCUCUUCUGCGAGCACGGCAAGGAGGUCUGCGAGCCAUGCGGCUUCGACGGUCGUGAGGACAACGACGCCGUCAUGGGCUUUGACCCAAUGCCCCGCGCGCCCCUCGACCUCCCCGCGUACUACAAGAACGCCAAGGACAACUCGUACGUGUGCAAGGCGCACGCCAACAACGAGUGCAAGCAGUGCUUCAACUGGAAGAAGAGCAUUACCAAGCUUCACAAGGAGGCCAAGAAGAACGCCAAGGCUGAGAAGAACAAGCCCAAGUCCAACCUCCACGUCUAAGCACCUGUCCCCCGACCACCACCACGCAUAGUCACCGUCGCGUCAUAGAGUCUCGUUCCGCACAUCCCGGGCGUUGCGUUCUCAAGUUGUCCUUUCGGAAAGUCGAGCGGGUGAGGGGGGAGGUAGCAAGGGUUGAAGGGAGUAUUGUGUGUAGCGAAGAAGCAGAACAAGCAUGUUGUGAACAGAAGUAACAGAAGUAAAGAAGAAAUGUCUAUGCAGUUGUACAGAGUCGA